GUGUGAGGUGUUUAAUCUCUCUGAGGUCUGUGGAGAGAGAGAGAGAGAGAGAGCUAACCUGGGGGCCGAAUCACACAUGACGUCACUGCCAAUGUGAAGUGCCAGUUGCUCAGCCCUAAUCCUCAGUGUUAAACUGAUCAUGAGUCCAAAAAAGUGCUGAUCAGAGGUCAUCUGCAGGAGAUCAUUAACAUACAGGAGACAUAGAGACAGGAGACAUAGAGACAGGAGACAUUCUUAAGUGACUCUAGCGAGGACGUGUCGUUAUUCGACGCUGAAGAGGAGACGGUGAGAAGUUCACGGAAGUCAAAGAUCAAACACCCAGUGGCGUCGUUCUUCCACCUGUUCUUCCGUGUCGGAGCGAUCCUGGUCUAUCUCCUGUGUGAGUUACUCAGCAGCAGCUUCAUCGCCUGUAUGGUCUCCAUCAUCCUCCUCCUGUCAUGUGACUUCUGGACAGUUAAAAACAUUACAGGCCGGUUGCUGGUGGGUCUGCGCUGGUGGAACCAGGUUGAUGAAGAUGGGAACAGUCACUGGGUGUUUGAGUCUAGGAAGGUGAGUGGGACUGAGCGCUCGGCGUCUCUGGCAUCUAAUGCAGAAGCUCGGAUCUUCUGGCUCGGUCUGAUCAUCUGCCCGGUGCUGUGGAUCAUCUUCACUUUCAGCACACUCUUCUCCUUCAGGAUUAAAUGGGUGGCGGUGGUGUUACUGGGUGUGGUUCUGCAGUGUGCUAAUCUUUAUGGUUACGUUCGGUGUAAAGUGGGAACCAGCAGCAACCUGAAGAACAUGGCUACCACCUACCUGGGAAAGCAGUUCCUAAGACAGGCUGUGAAUAAACAGGACGCAUCAUAAAUGUGGAACUCUGCUGUCUGUGUCUGUGUUCCUGAAAAAAAACCAAUUUCCUGGAGUUUUGUUUACAGAAGGAGUUCUGUGCUUAUGACCUUUAGUGUUUUUACACACACACACACACACACACACAUUAAUCAUCCAUUUGUAUCCUCAUCUCAGAUUUAUUUAUUCUGUAAGUGUUAUUAUACUGUAUGUAAAUAAUGUAAAGAUUUACAUAUUUAAUAUUAUUAUAUUAGUAUUAAAUCUCACUCUCAAAUGUGUAAGAGGCAAAAUGAAUAAUCUCUGUCCUGAUUUCGUCAAUAAAAAAAAGAUAAAAAUGCUCAUUUUUAUUGUAACAUAGUUACAGUUAAAUUACAAUGUCUUUUUUUUUGUUGUUGUUGCAAUGUUUGGUUUAUUAGGGCUUAAAGACUGUACAAGUAUAAUCACAUUUGCAGGGUUUAAAAAAGAAUAAACAAAUAAAAUGUGAAGGACCAAUAAAGCCAUGAACCAGGUUGACUGUACAGACAAAUUGCAGAAAAGACAAAAAAGAUUAAAAUGUACAAACAAAAGAACAACAAUAAAAAAUAACAAUAAAUA